AUGGCCCGCAUCGACGUGCUCGACGCCCCGACCAAGCCGUGCCACAACUGCCGCCGCCGCCGCUUGCGCUGUGACCGCUCCUAUCCCCAUUGCCACAAGUGCACAACCGGCGGCCACGAGUGUCUGGGCUACGGGAAGCUCUUUCGCUGGACUGAGGGCGUCGCGAGCCGCGGAAAGCUCGCGGGCAAGACUACCAUCACCUUCUCGGCUGACACGGCCACCACCGCCACUACCUCGUCUCGGGCCUCCACGCUCGAGCCCUCAUCCAUCUCCGCAUCCCCCUCCGUACCUCCCUCCGCAUCUACCUCCGUGCCGGACCACCACCACUACCAUCAACAUGAAUCUCCCACUUCUGCCGAAGACGGUUCCACUGCUCUUGUUGUCUCUGACGUCCGGCCCGCCGGGAUCGAGACCCAGUCGGCUCCCUGGACCCUCGUCGACCCUCUCUUCCAGGGUGUGGAGCAUCACUACCGACACUACCUCUCCUAUUUCACCACGCGCGUCUGCAGGGAUCUCGUCUCCUGGGACCUACCCGAUCGGAACCCCUUCCGCUCUCUCAUCCCGCUGACCAAGGCUCAUCCCCUGCUGCAGCACAUCAUUGUGGCCGCCUCCGCGGCCCACAUGUCCAAUCUCUCCCGCGCGCUGUCGUCGGACCCAGAGUCGGACCAAAACGCCCGGCAAGCCUUAACCGAUUCCCUGGUUGCCAAGCACAAGGCGCUACGGCUCUUGUCCUCUGCACUGCAAGACAUUGACGGCAUCGGUGGAGACGUAGUGCUGUCCUCGGUGCUCUUCUUCGUCAACGUUGAGCUGAUGGAGAGUGGAAGGGACGGCUGGAAGCCCCAUCUCGAGGGUGCUGGGCGAAUCAUGUCUUAUUUGUCCCCCGUCGGAACUGCGGACUCUGUACUACGGGACUAUGUCAUGUCGGAUUGUUUCAUCUACUACAUCUUGGCUUCCGCCUUCAACGCAUCAACGCCGGCCGCCAAGUCGUACUACCACUCCGCACAGGUUUCAUCCGUCUUGGGCAAGGCUGCCGCAAACAGCUACUUCUGUUGUCCGCCCGAUAUCCUGCAGAUCCUUCUGACAGCGUCCCAACUGUCGAACCGCAGCACAGAAGAUCUGGAUUCGGCGGCAGACGUAGCGCAGGGCGCCGCACAAAUCCUGCAGCAGGCCCUGUCCUUCGACGUCCACGACUGGGCGUAUGAGCCACGGACCAUCUCAUAUUUCAGAAACAUCCCGGUAGAGAGCCGCAUUCACGCCGGCUCGGCCCAUCGCCUUGCCGCCUGCCUGUACAUACUCCAUGCUCUUCCGUCGGCAUCCAUACUUGUGCCCGUCGACCGCGAGGAGCUGGCCAGCCAAUUGUUUUACCACCUCUCCUGCAUUAACGAUGAGGACCCUAACUUCAAGGCCACCUGUUUGCCAACGUUCAUUGCCGGCGCGGGGACUUCGGACCCCGAAAGACGGAAAUGGAUCCUCGACCGCCUGAGAAGGCUCAUGAUUUCGACCCCUUGGGGCUUCAUCAUGACCGCCAUAGACAUGCUUCAAACCAUUUGGAACCUCGAGGAAUCCGUGGACCCUCACACCCAGACGGAACGGACCUGGGUCCAGAAGCUCAAGGCUUCCAACCUCAACUUCCUGAUCGUGUGA